AUGGAGAGCAGCGAGGAAGACGAUGAUUUCCCUUCUAUUGAAAGCAUUACCCAUCAGUCCAAGAUCGACUCUUUGUAUCAAUCUCACACUGAAAAGGGAAUCAGAAAAGUUUGUUGUGAACUUUUGGAUUUGAAGGAUGCAGUGGAGAAUCUAUGUGGCAACAUGCAAACAAAGUACCUGGCUUUCUUGAGAAUGUCUGAAGAAGUAGUGGAAAUGGAGCAUGAAUUGGUUGAGUUGAGAAAGCAUAUUUCUGCACAAGGGAUUCUUGUGCAGGAUUUAAUGACUGGGGUUUGCCGUGAAUUGGAAGAGUGGAAAUCUGCUAAUAGCGACAUUGGCGAUUCUCAGCUAGAUCCUCAAGUUGAUGAACUUCAAGGUUCCUUGCCAAGUGAUGCAGAUAAUCGGAAAGCAAUAUUCUUGGAGAAUAUUGAUGUUCUCUUGGCUGAACAUAAAGUGGAAGAAGCAAUUGAAGCUUUGGAAACUGAAGAGAGAAAUUGUCUGGAGCUGAAAGGUCCUGGAGAUACCGCAUCCACGGAAGCAUCCUCAUAUAGAUCAGCAUUUUUGAAGAGAAAGUCAAUGCUUGAGGAUCAACUGAUUGAGAUUACUGAACAGCCUUUGGUUGGCAUUCUGGAACUAAAGAAAGCUUUAUCUGCUUUGAUCAAGCUUGGGAAAGGUCCUUUGGCACAUCAACUACUGCUAAAAUCAUAUGGGUCCCGCCUCCAAAAGAGAGUUGAGGUUUUCCUUCCUUCAUGUUCUGUGUAUCCCAAAACAUUUCCAGCUACGCUAUCUAGGCUUGUUUUUUCAACAAUUUCGGUGACAACAAAAGAAUCUGGUUUGAUAUUUGGUGAUAAUCCUGUAUAUACAAAUAGGGUUGUUCAAUGGGCGGAGUGGGAAAUCGAAUACUUUGUACGGUUGGUGAAGGAGAAUGCACCCUCUUCCGAGACAGAUUUUGCUUUGGGUGCAGCUUGCAAUUGUGUUCAGGCUAGUCUUACAUACUCCGCAAUGCUGGAAUCACAAGGUCUGAAACUGUCAAAGUUGCUUUUGGUGCUCUUACGACCAUACAUUGAAGAAGUGUUAGAGUUGAAUUUUAGACGGGCUAGAAGGGCAGCUCUGGAUGUGGCAGAAAUAGACGAGAGCUCGCUUUUUUCACCUCGAUCUAUGUCUCCAUUAUCUGCUUUUGCAACAUCGUCAGACAGUGUGCUUGUUGAUAGUGGAAUGAAAUUCAUGGAUAUCAUUGAAGAUAUAUUGGCACAGCUAACGCCCAUGGCUGUCCUGCAUUUUGGAGCAAAUGUAUUAACAAGAAUUUCACAGCUGUUUGAUAAAUACAUGGAUAUGCUGAUUAAAUCCCUACCGUGUCCCUCUGAUGAAGACAAUCUCACAGAGCUGAAGGAGGUUAUACACUUCAGAGCUGAAACCGAUUCAGAGCAGCUUGCGCUUUUGGGAUUAGCAUUUACUAUUCUGGAUGAACUUUUACCACUUGCUGUAAUAAAAGUUUGGAAUGUAAAUAAUGAAACCAAGGAGCAGGAAAGUGAAAAUAUUGUGCCUAAUGCUAGCAUUACGGCAGAAUUGAAGGAAUGGAAGCGCAACCUUCAGCAUUCUUUUGACAAGCUUAGAGAUCACUUCUGUCGGCAAUAUGUUCUGAGUUUCAUCUAUUCAAGAGAAGGAAAAACACGAUUAAAUGCACUAAUUUAUUUGAGUGGGGAAGGGGAGGAUUUGUAUUGGGACUCUGAUCCUCUUCCGUCAUUACCAUUUCAGGCAUUAUUUGCAAAGCUUCAGCAAUUAGCAACUGUGGCUGGAGACGUAUUGCUUGGGAAAGAGAAAAUACAGAAAAUUUUGCUUGCUAGGCUAACUGAGACUGUUGUGAUGUGGCUGUCUGAGGAGCAGGAAUUCUGGGACUUGUUUGCAGAUGAAUCAGUUCCACUUAAGCCACUUGGUUUGCAGCAGUUGAUUCUUGACAUGCAUUUCACUGUUGAAAUUGCCCGAUUUGCUGGUUACCCAUCUCGACAUGUGCACCAGAUUGCGUCAGCCAUAAUUGCUCGAGCAAUCAGGACCUUCUCAGCUAGAGGCAUAGACCCACAAAGUGCCCUGCCCGAGGAUGAAUGGUUUGUUGAAACUGCAAAGACAGCCAUCAACAAACUUCUGUUAGGAACGUCUGGGUCAGAAGCAUCUGAGAUCGAUGAGGACCAUAUUAUCAUACAUGAUGAAAUGGUUUCAGACUUCGACGAGACCGCUUCUUCCCUUUCGUCAGUAGAAUCAUUUGAAUCUUUUGCUUCUGCAAGCAUGGGUGAACUAGAUAGUCCCGUGUAUUUCACCGAUCCAGAGGGCUGA